AUGGAUUCAUCAGCAGCUUCAUCACAGGAGAAAAGAGUCGGGACAUCUACACCAGAAGCAGAGCUCAAUCCUCAUAGGGCGAAAGCGUUACUUGCAAAAUUUAAGGAGGAAAUGGCUUUAGCCAAAGCAGCAACAGAUCCUCAAGAACGGGAGAAACAUUCAGAACUAGUGGAAAAGAUAAAACGAAUAUUAAUAAGAUAUCAAGAACAACAAAAACAAGCUAAAAAUAAUAGCCCUGCUACCAAGUCAAAUUUGACGAACCAAGAUUCAACUACAAAUACACCUAGUCCAUUGGCCACGAACAACAAUAGCGCCACUAAUGUAAUAGAACCGAAAACAGAGACCCCAGACUCUACACCAAUGGAGCAAAAACCUAUACAAGCCCCUACACCGCAACACCCAAAUAAUGCAUCAACAUCAUCAGCAACAAUGCUGACAACACAAUUCCAACCCCAACCUCAACCUCAACAACAAACGGUCACAGUUGAAAAGUAUAAUCAUGUGAAGAAUACUUUAAAGGAUAUGUGGAAACAAGUCAAGACUUUAGAGGCAUCAUCUAUAAAUGAAACACAAACUAAAAAGGAAGAAAUUGAUCGCAAAAUCACUGAAUUGCGUAAUCAAAUGCAAAAGUACCAUACAGCAGCAUUACGUAUGAAGAGUAAAUUGAUUGAACAAGGGACAAUACCAGCUAACUCAACACCAAUUGGAUCACCAACACCAGUCUCUAAUACGGAUCCAACCCCAAUUGCCAAUACUACAAAUACAUCAAACGUGACACCACCAACAGAGAAAGCGGAGGAAAAUAGUAAACCAAAUGUCAAACCACCAAGCACGACAACUACAACUACAUCUAAGUCGAAACCCAAACCAUUAUCCACUACAGCUACCAACUCAACCACAAAAACAUCUACACCAUCCAAAGGUUCAGGUUCAUCUAAGUCAAACAAUCGUUCAAGUAGUCAGAAUACACCAGGUACAUCAACUUCAGCCUCAGCAACAAAAACAGCAUCAGUAUCAACAGAAAAAGAUGCUCCACUUACUGCGACAACAUCGACCUCAGCUGUGGCACCAGCUGCUGCUACUGUUGCUGCUACAACAGCCCCUACUGCUGCCGCUGCUGCCACAUCUUUAUCAACUGCGUCGGCUAUUACCACAAAAAGCACAGCUGAUCCAAAAGUAACACCAAGUAACAUACCCGACAAUGAUGGCAGAGUGUUGACUAAGAGAAAGUUAGUGGAGAUGAUAAAUAAUAUCAGUAUUGAUCAAGGAGAUGCCAAAAUUCCUAUUGAUAACGAUGUUGAAGAUAUUUUCCUUGAUUUGGCUGACGAGUUUGUGAGAAAUGUGGUACAAUUUUCCGGCCGUUUAGCCAAACAUAGAAAAUUGGAUAGAAUUGACGUAAGAGAUGUGCAAUUAAAUUUAGAAAGAAAUUGGGGGUUGAGAAUUCCUGGAUAUUCUACUGAUGAAAUAAGAGCAGCAAGAAAAUGGCAACCUGAAGGUGAAUACGCUGAAAAUGUGAAGAAAAUUUCCAAAUUAAAUAAAGAUCAAUAG